AUGAACCACGCGGACGGAGCCCACACCGACAACCCAGUGCCACGGACGGUGUCCAACCUCCUCGUGCACGUCCUCGGCACGCACGUCGACCACGUCCACGACAUUGUCACGCGCCUCGAGAUGGAGAUCGACAACAUCGAGCUGCACAUCGACAAAGGUGGUCACUUCAUGAGGAAACUUCUGUUGGAUGGUAGGAGAUUCCCCAAAAUGCACCUUGAUUUACAGCGCCUACUUCAGGUGGUUUCUCACGGCGAACAAGUCUUCCCCCGUGUGAAGGAAAGAUGCGCGAGCAAGAGUUGGUUCGCAACUGAGGAUAUUGCCGCCCUCGAAGAUUUGAUCGGCCGCCUUAGGAGGCUCAAGGAAAACCUUGGAUUUAUAACAAACAGAGUGACUACGCUGCAGGCCAGCCUCGACAGCUGGCAGUCAGAACAGAUCAACAAGAGCCUAUACUAUCUUUCAUUCCUCUCCAUAGUUUUCCUCCCUCUCUCCAUUGUAACCGGAGUUUUUGGAAUGAAUGUCGGUGGUGUGCCAUGGACCGAGCAGAACAAGAACCCCGCAAAUCUGGACGGUUUCGCCAACGUGAUGCUGAUAUGUGCCGUGAUCUUGCUGCUCCUUCUGCUUUGCUUUCUGUUCCCUUCACUGUAUUCUCAUGUGUCGGCAUGGCGAACCCGGCGUGAGCUGACCAGGAGUGGCUCCCAGAACAAGAGGCACCUGAAACUCUUCAAAGGCCACAGGGAAGGUUCUUCCUGUAUUCACCUGGGGGAUGCUUUCCGUUCAGCUGACAGAAAUGGUGAGCAAUUGACGGGCAACACAGGAAAUGUCCUUCUAGAUCCUGCAGUUCAUAGCACUGGUGUUAGGAAGCACUUAUCAGUAAGUAAACAUAGAACUGUGAGUUAA